CACAGCGGCGGCGUCUCGCAGAGGAGGACUACAGGCAUGCCCUAAGAUAAAUUGAUUCAAAAGGAAGGCAUGCCCCAAACGCUGAGUUCUACCAGUAUGUUUACCCCAUGUGGCUUCAGCCCUCAUCUACAUACUUCAAAAGAAGAUGAACAAGGAGGACUGAUCUUCCAGGAUGGAAACCUUACCUCAGCAUCUCUGGAUGCUCUCAUUCAGCAUCUGAUACCUACCACUGAUUACUACCCUGAAAAAGCCUAUAUCUUUACAUUCCUGCUGAGUUCCAGACUCUUCAUCGAACCCCAUGAGCUUUUGUCCCGAGUUUGUCACAAGUGCAUUGAGCAGCAGCGGCUGGACGACCCCGUGCUGGACAAGGCACGGAUCAGAAAAUUUGGACCCAAAAUCUUACAGUUGCUGACAGAGUGGACGGAGACGUUCCCGUAUGACUUUCAGGAAGAGCGGAUGAUUGGGCAUCUGAAAGACAUGAUCCACAGGAUAGCCCCGUGUGACGAGGCCUAUUGGAAAAAGAUGAAUCAGCUUUUGCAAACCCUGAACCAGAAGCUUGCAACCCUCAGCCAUGGGCAAGAAGGGAUUGUUAAGAUCAGUGCUGCUGUCUCUGACAAGCUGGUUGCCUUUAAAAACAAACCUCCAUCAAUUCAGAGAGAAAUCCUGAGCGUCUGCAGCGACCCUUACACUCUGGCUCAGCAGCUGACACAUGUGGAGCUGGAAAGGCUGAGUCACAUUGGACCUGAGGAGUUUGUGCAGGCAUUUGUCCAUAAAGACCCUCUGGAUGGCACCAAGACUUGUUUCAGUGAACAGAAGAAGACGAGUAACCUUGAGGCCUAUGUGAAAUGGUUCAAUAGACUCUGCUAUCUUGUAGCAACAGAAAUUUGCAUGCCUGCAAAAAAGAAACAGCGAGCACAGGUCAUCGAAUUCUUCAUUGACGUUGCCCGGGAGUGCUUUAACAUAGGGAAUUUUAAUUCGCUGAUGGCUAUCAUUUCUGGAAUGAACAUGAGUCCAGUUUCCAGGCUAAAGAAGACUUGGUCAAAAGUGAAAACAGCCAAAUUUUUCAUUCUUGAGCACCAGAUGGACCCUACUGGUAACUUCUAUAACUACAGAACAGCAUUGAGGGGGGCUGCUCACAGAUCCCUCACCGCACACAGCAACAGGGAGAAGAUUGUGAUCCCCUUCUUCAGCCUACUGAUCAAAGACAUUUAUUUUUUGAACGAAGGAUGUGCUAAUCGCCUUCCAAAUGGACAUGUCAACUUUGAAAAAUUUCUGGAACUGGCUAAGCAAGUAGGAGAAUUUAUAACAUGGAAGCAAGUGGAGUGUCCCUUUGAACAAGACCCAAACAUCAUCCACUACUUACAUACCGCUCCCAUUUUUACUGAAGAUGGUUUGUAUCUGGCUUCCUAUGAAAGUGAAAGUCCAGAAAACCAGACAGAAAAAGACAGGUGGAAAUCCUUAAGAUCCACUAUUUUAGGAAAGACUUGAAGAUUAAGAGAUUAUCGCAGUAGGUCAAGGAAGAGAAAAUCCGCAAACAUUUUGCACUACUGAUUCCAAAGAUGCCUGUUUGGGAUUUAGACAUUUUUUUUUUUGUUUGAAUUUUUUGUUGGGUUUUUUGACUGCCUGACAUGAUGGAUGAACUGGAUUCAUCCACUGAAAUCAACAGAACUGUGUGCACAGUGACGCUUUUCUAACUACGAGACACAGAGAGGAAGGACAAACAGACUAUUUGUGGCUGUGCCCAAACUGCGUCAGGAUCACUGUAACUUUUGCCUCUGAAGGAAAAUGUAAGAAAACCAGGAGGAUGGAGAACUGUGAAACUGCAAAAGAGAAUGGAAGUCUAACAAAAGGAAAGCAAAAAAUACUUGGGAGUAUUUCAGAAGCAGGUGCUUCGGACAGCAGCUCUUUAAACCCUCUGAGGAUUGUAAAAUGAAAUCAAACACAGACACAGCAGCAAUCUGGUUAAUUGCUGAAUGAAGAAAGAGGAACUUAAUCUCACAUUAGCAGUCCCCAAGCCUUGUUGAACAAAGCACCGACUGCUACAGGUAUAAGCUUCCAGCGGAUGAAAACUGACAUGGCUCACUCGUAUGUAUAUGUGUGUGUGUCACAUACGGACCACGUUGGCAUGGGACAAUCCUACAAACCCUGUGAAUUUUUACAGAGAACAAUCUGCAGUACGACUGUUGCUUGGUUAUUCUUCCCACCACUGUUGUUGCUUUUCUUACUGUGAAUCUUGGCAGAUGUGAGGAGGGCACAGAGUGCAGACGGUGUUGCUUAAAGACCCCCCGCUACGAGCCCAAUUAACAUUGAACUGAAGAAGGCAAUGACUCACCCUACUCCUAUUUAAUGUAUGUAGUGAAUUCCCUAAUUUUGUUGAUGCUGAGUUGCAUCUUUGAGAGGGUUUUAUGACACUUAAAGAAAAAAGCUACUGCAUUACCAUUUGAAAAAAAAAAAUAUCUAUCGGGUUCCAAUUAAUACGGUACUGUUUAUUUUGCAACAUGAUACUAAGAGGAUAGGAAGCAGGGGGUAAUUGCUCUAAAUUUGGAAACUACAUGGUAUGCUUUAAAAAGACAAAAGGGCUUCAGACUAGAAUGAAGGCACUAAAGAAUUUGUCAUUCACGAGCAGAUAACCGAUUUUCUCUGGUUUUAUUUUUUAGGAUCUAAACCAUGUUCACCAUUUCCUUACAGACAGUAUGAAGUAGGGACUAUGUCUUGUGUUUAAAGUUGUACAAUAAUCAACACAAUAAUCAAGGUGCUACUGUAACACAUGUAUGAAGUGAUAAUUAACUAUAUGGAUAUUAGAUUUAAAAGUAAGCCCUAACUAAAGUAACCUAAAAGUAAGCCCUAAAGUAAUCAUAUGUGGAAGAAAUGUUCUUCCCGCCCCAGAAAAGACCUCAAAAAGCUUAAAUGAAACCUAAAUGCCACUACUUUGCAUUUUAUUACUGACUUGAUGCUGUCCACCUAGAUGUUCCAGUCUGUCUACAACAGAAGGAUGUAACCCUUUCUUUGAUAUCAAUAAUAGUUUUAUUUCAACGCAGAGUGAUUCCAAAUGGCUGCAGUGUUUUGAAAAAUUGGGCUAAUCACAAACCCUGGUUGUGUUGGCCUGUGCAUUUAGCCAGAAAACUGGAACUGUUUCUGCCCUCUGCCAGGCCUCAAAAGUUAUCCAUGGCUGAGAGAGUUGUUGAAAUGUGAGGUGUUGGUGAGCUGGGGUCUGAGGGCAGCUCUGAUAGUUGAGCUGAUGGGGAGCAGCUGGAGACACUCUCUGUGUGAUACACUAAAGGUUGGUCGUGUCUGCAGGGCAGUUCUUAUGGUGGGUUAUGGUCUGUGAAAACCUGUGCUGUCUAGAUCAUGGUCACCUGGAAUCCACUGCUCCUGCAGUUGCUGAGAUGAGCAGGACAACUUCUUCUGGAUUGGCAUAUGUAGGGCUUGAGGUGGAACUUCACUCUCCUUUUCAUAUAGGUCUAUCAGUGCACAAAUUCGAGGAGGGGGAACAUAAAAGCAUCAUGUGUUUAUUCAAGCUUUGUACAGAAGAAGUAAGUGUAAGGAUGGUACAACAUCAUUCUAGGCAGGGAAUGAUCAGUAUUCUGGUGAUACUGCUAAUAUGCUCUUUGUUAAUUGUUGUACAGGAGCUGAGAGCUGUAGAGAAACACGCACACGUAGCCAUUCCUUCAAGCAGAACCAUUUCCAAAAUGAUGCCAUUAAAAGCCUGUUAAAUUCCAACCAAAUCCAGAGCAAUAACCAUAAACACAUCUACCGCAAUGCUAAUGCUUAAGUGGGUUUGCUAAAUGGUCAUUUUUUUUCUUAAUGUCUGCAUCUUUUAACAGACACAGUGUGACUUCAUGGUGGAAAUGGUUUUUUAUUUAUCUGAAAGCCAAUGUAGGUGGACGGACCUUUCCUUAAAACCUACUUUUUAAAAAUGGAAAUCCUCUCUCUUUUUCUAAUAAGGCAAUAGAGGCUGGUAGAGCUGAGAUUAUAACACACCGAAGAGGAAUCAAAAUGUGAUUUCUCCUGAUACUACUUUAUAUUCUUGGGCACCUUCUAUGAAUUCAGGCAAUUUUAUAAGUAUGAGUUAAAUUAGAUCUCAUAAAGUUUAUCAGUGUUGCAAACUAAACCACUUUCAUAGUCCAAAACUUUCAAACCUCAGUGCUUAAAAUUGGAAGCAUAAAGGUCAGAUUUAGGUAGGUAUUAAGGGCUUAGUGGGACUGUCAGAAGCACUAAAUUAUCUUUAAGCCUUUAUGUAGUCACACAUUUAAAAGGUCUUUUUUUCAGAGGUGCUAACUAUCCUCAUUUCUUGCUGAAUACUGAGGCAAUUAUUGCUUUAUAGAGGUGUGUGGCAUAUUGAUCCCUAGUAUUUGAUCUCCAGAGAAGCUGGCUGCAAUUUGCAAAACGACUUGGAGAUCAGAGUGCAGAACAACUUAAAAUGAGAAGACAGCGCUUUUGAAAAACAGACUUUAGGAAUCAUAGCUUGUCUUCAUAUAAUUUCAUAGCUAAAAUCCUAUUGAUUUAAAUAGAAACAAUGUAAAGCCUUAAGUUACAGCUGUCAGUUGCAUUUGUAAUUCAUAUUUGGUGUAACUGGGGUGUGCAGCUCCAGAGAGGAGAGUGGUUACAGCCUGGCUUCACCAACAGGUUUUACAAAGAGCGAGUACAACUGAAAACAAAGGAUGACAGUUUGGGGAAUAGAUUUCUUCCAAAAAUGCAUUAAUUACAUGAAAACAAGAAAAAGCACCUCCAAUAAUUAAUGUUUUCUUGCUAUAAACAGAGGAGAAUUCCUACCAUGCUGAAAAGAAAGCAGUAUUACUUAACACCAACCCCUAAGCCACUGUAAGGCAUGUAGUUGUGAGACUAAUACCUAGACAAGUUACUGGUUGUAAUCUCAUGGUUUACUAAUUCCACCUUUUCCAGGGGAUUUGCCUCCCCAACAGCUGCUUGGGCUCAUGCUCCACAGAGAACACAGCAAAACUAGACCUAUAGGUCUGUAGUGUUAGUAUCAAAACCCUGAGCUAGUAAGGUGUGAAUAUAUGAUACAGAGUCUUUCCAAAACAUUAACUUAGCUCCUGCGUAUAUGGCAAAAUUUUAAAAGACCCAAAUACAUUAAAUCACUUCUGCACCUCCUCUAGUGUAAUCAGAGUGGUAGUAAAGGCUCUAUUUUUUCCUCUCUUGAGUGUGCCAUUCUGCAAUGGUAGAUAAAAAAGCCCAGUGAAAAACAAUGAAGGAAUUGUGUUGAAGUCAGUAGAUUAACUUGCUCAAUGCCUUUCAAAAGACACUUAAUCGUACAAUCUUGCCCUCAAUUUCACAUCAGCAUCAAUCACGUUACCUAAUUAAAGGUGGAUGGAGGUAGGUCUGCUGGGCGGGACUGAUUUUUGCAGGCAAAAAACUCUUUAACUGAGUCUGGCACACAAGAGCCCUGUGCAGGAGAGUGCACUGAGUCUGGCGUGUCGCUGUCCCCUCUGUCAGGCCAUGAACACCAUCCUGCCCUACAGCUGGUCAGGAGCUCCCCACAUGGGUAGAGGACACGCGGAUCUGGAAGCAGACUGUGAUCCCAGCCACUGCCGAGAUGGCCCUUUAACAAAGUAUGGACACAGCUGCUAAAGCACUUCAAAUAACAAACAAUUUAAGCGUAGAGAUAGUUUUCUCAGCUCGAAAAUAUUUUACAGUGUGGUCAGUGGUGAUAAGAUAAUCACUCACUUCAAGUCAGGCCAGUCCCCUACUGAUACCUUGGUUACUUCACCAUGUUUUAUUGCAAUAGUUUAUGCACCUUUUAUUAAAGCACAUGAGCACUGGUUGGCACACGACUGUGAAUCCAGUUUAGGACAGAGCUCAGAUUACUGAAUAUGGAAUUGGAGUGAUCAAAAAGAAGACAUGUUUGUAGAAAAGAUAUUGUUAUGCAUAUCAGUGUAAAAAUGUUAGAGAGUUAACAGUAUCUGGCCUAAUAAUGACUGUGUUCCAGAGAAUGAGACUGAUCCCACGCGUGCCAGAGGAAAAACUCCAAUUGAUCUUGAUGGGCUUUGGAGCAGUCUUGCAAUCAGUAACUAUAGUACAGUUUUAAGUUAUUCAUAGGGAUUAAAUUGCAUUGACAACUAUUAUAGUCCCUGGCCUUUCUUUUGAGCCAGGUGCAACUCUCAGAUGGGCACUUAAUAGCGUGAAAAUCCAGCCUUAGAAAAAGUUUUCUUCGACAUAGUUGAAGUUUCAGCAGCAAAUUCAAGGACUAAAUCAGAUCCAAUGAAUUAACUCAUGUCUGAGAGCAAAAUUUGACUUUCUGGGUUUAAGAACCU